GAGGGGGAAAAAAGUAUAUAAUAAUGUUUUUCAUAUACAGAUAAAUGACGUCAUCGUGCGACAAAAUAAUAGUUGCGAAACACCUAUCUUGUUACGUGGUCCAUUAGGAUAAGUCGAGGGUAGUUCUAUUGUUAUAUAUUGUUAAAUGUAAUACUGUUCUAUUUAUAGUGGAGGUAUAGUUCGCAAGACUUCAGUACAUUCAUUUCAUUCGAACGAUGCAUGUUGUCUUGGGCAGUAUUUCGAUUUGGACAUUAUACGCGUUGGUGUCAUGCGUGUCAGUCUCAUGUCUGUCGAUGGCCAAAAAAGUGAGAUGGGAAUUGGUAUACGACCCGAUGCCGAACGACGAGUCGUUCGAACGCUUCUCCGCCGCCGACCACCACGCAACCGUAAAUGUGAUUCAGCAGCAGGACGACCAACAGCGGCAGCGGGACGAGCAGCAACAGCAGCAACAGUUGUGGCGUCACCGAGACGAGCAGCAGCAGCAGCAGCUAUGGCGGCACAGGGACGAGCAGCAGAAACGGCAUCACCACCGCCAGCUGCAGCAACAAAAGCGGGAUGAAUGGCAGCAGCGCCGCAGCAAUAGCGGUGAUUCGCGAUACGUCGAUAGCGUGUCAGUGGCGGCGUCCGAGGUUUGCAACUGCACGCAAAGAACAACGAUCCACCGGCUAACCCAAAACCACUACCCCAAAGAACUCCUGUCGGUCACAUGCAGCGGAAACUGGUGCAAGACGGCCUCGUAUCUGGUGCCAGUGUUGUUGAAAUCGAACACGCAGCCAGUCGAAAACCAAGAAGACUUGCCGGACGAGCUGCAGCAGAAUGUCAAUCACUGGAAGUUUGACCCCGUAAGCAUCCCGGUUGCCUGUUAUUGUUCAAUUAAAUGAAUGAUAUUUUUGCCUUUGACCUAUAUUAUACCUACAUUAUAAUAGACCAAGACGUGUAAUACGAUAUUUUUACCAUUUCGUUUUAUCCUGCAUCACCUACCUCCUCGUACUAAUUUAACCUCCGUCUGGUGCUCUAUCAACAUUUUACAAUAGACAAAGGUGACCGAAUAAAUGAAAAUAAUUGAUUCAAGUAAUAAGUUAAGCGAAUGCAAGGUUGUUAAAUUAAAAGAAGUUAAUGUUAACAAACAAUACA